CCACAAUCCCCAAACCCAACACCCAACACCCGCACCAUGGCCGACGAAGUGACGAAACCCGGCGUGCCCAGCGCCGAAGUCAUCGCCGAGAAGGCGGAGAAAGUCGCGCCGGUCGCAGAUCCAGGACUUGGGCCUGGAAACACGCUGAGUGCGAUUCGCAAUGUGGAUAGGACGAUUUUGCGGUUGAACAAGCUGCUGGCGGCUCCAGGCGGACUCCCCGCUUUCCUCUCGACGUUCAAUUACACCCUCUACAUCGUCGCUUAUCUUCAAACAAAGUCGCCCGCCUUGAUGAGCGUCUUGCACAAGCUGCUCGCGCUGGUCAACCCGUCUUCCCCCACCGCAAUCAAACCCCCAACAACGACCCUCGUCUCUACCGCCGGCGCUGUACCCCCUAUCGCCGCCCUCGCCGUCCUCGUCUCCAAAGCGCGCACAACUCUCCGCCUCUUCGGCCUGCUGCCCAUGUACGCCUGGCUGCGCACACUAGCCUCAGGCCCAAAGUUCGGCGCAGACCCGGUGCUGCACCGCAUCGCAAUUCUGCAGGCAAGCAGCUACUUCACGUACCAAGCUUUGGAGAACAUCUCGCUGCUAGCCGACAGCGGCGUCGUCGGUCCAUCCGUCAUCGCGCGGAUAAACCGCGGCGACUCAACAACAGCGCGUGUAUACUUGUGGGCGUACCGCGCGUGGUUGGGCGGCGUGAGCUGUGAUUUCUUGCGUCUGGGCCGUGAGUGGCAGCUGGAGGGGAAGAGGCGCGCUGUUAGGGCUAGGAUGCAGAGUGAAGGGAAGGCCGUGGCGGAGUAUCAAGAUGGGGAGGAUGAGAAGUUUGAUUCGAGGUGGUGGACAGAUGCGAUGGUUGCCGCGGCGUGGUUCCCCAUGGCGCUGCAUUUUAGCAGUAGUGCCGGGGGACUGCCUGGGUGGAACCUGGGCUGGAUGGGCGCGUGUGGGCUGGUGGCGGGGAGUACAAGGGUCAAGGCGCUGUGGGCGGGGACGGCUUAUCCUGAUUCAACAACGUCGUUUCGCUCUCUCCUCCACUUCGAACAUCGACGCAUCUGUGAUAGGAUAAUUCAAAGUCGCGAAUAUGAAAUAUGGAUGCAGUCAGUAAAGCCUUCCUCCUUAUCGUCGUUUUGUGAGACGGACUUUCCACUAACACAACGCCAGCACGACCAAGACCCCUUCAACAUAACAGAAGCCAGCAUCUCCGACCACCUAUCUGCUCUCAACAGCGGGAGAGUAACCUGUGUCGACUUGGUAACCACGUACCUAACCCGGAUCGCCCACCACGACACCCAACGCGGCCUCUCCGCCUUCACGCUACUAAACCCCUCCGUCUUCUCCGAAGCACUUGCAUCUGACACCCGCCGCGCCCAAGGCCUGACCCCCCGCGCACUGGAAGGAAUCCCCUACACGCUCAAAGACAGCUACAAGUACGCCAACCUCAGCGUAACGAACGGCUCGCCCGCGCUCGCCGGCCUGAUGUCCAGCUCCGACUCCGCCAUCGCGGCGAAACUGCGCGACGCAGGCGCCAUUCUAAUCGGGAAGACGAACAUGCCCCCCAUGGCGGCGGGGGGAAUGCAACGGGGCCUGUACGGCCGCGCGGAGUCGCCGUAUAAUGCGAAGUACCUGACCGGCGCGUUUUCGUCUGGGUCGUCGAAUGGGGCGGCGACCGCGACGGCGGCGAGUUUCGCGGUCUUUGGGAUGGGCAGCGAGACGGUGAGUAGUGGGCGGAGUCCUGCGUCUAAUAAUGCGCUCGCGUGCUAUACGCCGUCGAGAGGCGUGCUGAGCUGUAGGGGUCUGUGGCCGCUGUAUGUUACGUGUGAUGUGCCUGUGCCGUAUGCGCGGUCGAUGGACGAUUUGUGCAGGGUGCUGGCGGUGAUUGCUACGCCGGAUGAGAGUGCCAAGGGGGACUUUUGGCGCGAGCAGAAGUUUGUGGAGAUUCCUGAGCCGCCGGCAGAUAUCUGUACGUUGCUGCCGAAUGCAGAUGCGCUGAGGGGAAAGAGGGUUGGCGUUCCCAAAAUGUAUAUUGGGUUGAGAGACUCGGAUCCGCAUGCUAAACAUCCUCAUGUUUCACCGGAGGUGAUUCAGCUCUGGGGAGAUGCUGCACGCCGCCUCGAAGCUCUGGGUGCAGAAGUGGUACAUACCAAUUUCCCGCUGGUAACGAACUACGAGAACGACUCUGUGUCAGGGGAGGCCAACAACGUCGUCGGCAGGCCCUCGGAGUGGAACAAGGUUGAGCGCGGCGUGCUCAUCGCAAAAGCAUGGGACGAUUUCCUGGAUCAGAACGCUGACGCCAAAUUGAGCAGUCUGACAGAUAUUGCAGACCCCGCGAUGCUGUUCCCCAAGCCCCCAGCUUACAUACCAGACACCUUCCUCGAGGUGCGCAACUGGAUAGACUAUGCGGGCCUGCCCUCGCUGCUCACAGAAGAUGUCAAGAACACACCACUGCAAUCACUGCCCGGUCUCGCGCAAGCCCUCCCCGCUCUCGAAGCCCAGCGCGCCCGCGACCUCGACACAUGGAUGACGACCAACGCGCUCGAUCUGCUAGCGUUCCCGGCGCAGGGCGACGUUGGGCUUGCAGACUUGGAAACCAAUGUCGAGAGCGCGACGCAUAGUCUGCUCAACGGGGUCAAGUACUCAAAUGGCAACCGCGCGAUACGGCAUCUGGGUGUGCCGACUGUGAGUGUGCCGAUGGGGGUGCUGCGUGGGAAGGGCAUGCCUGUUAAUGUCACUUUUGCUGGGAGAGCUUAUGAGGAUGCAGUGUUGUUGGGAUGUGCGUGGGCGUUUGAACGGGAAGCGAGGAUGAGGGUUAGUCCAUCACUGACCAAGUCGUUGGAGACGGAUUGUGUUGUGGCGAGAUCGACGGGUUUGAAUGGCACGGUGGAUAGGAAAAUUAAUCUCAGUGUGGGGAAGGUGUGUGCGACGAAGUUGGAUGACGGGGAAUGGUGCGUUGAUGUAGAAGGGAGUGUGAAUUUGGGAGCUGUGGAUAUCACACUGCAAGUGUGUGUUGAUGGGGAGCAGGCGUUCUAUGGGAAGUUGGACAAAGGAGAGUGGAAGAUGGCGUUGUCUCAUUCAUUGCAGCGGCCGGUGUGUUUGGGCUGGGACUUGAAGCCGCUGAAGCCACGGCCGAUAAUGGUCGUUGUUGUCGCGAGAGGGGAGGGCAUGUUGUCCGAGGGCAAGUUGGCGUGGGCAGCUCUUGAAAUGGUGAAUGGCGCAGAUUGAAGGGUCGUGGUAUCGUUGUUAGUAGUAUCUGUGGUGAAUAGUAAUUAAAGCUUUGUAAGCG